AUGGUGGGCGCUCCUCCGCACACGACACCGGCGUUGAACCACGUCCUGAAGCACGACAGCUCUGUGCUAGCAUUAGUCGUCGGGAACGAUAGCGUCUACGCCGGUACUCAGGAUGGCCAGAUCGUCGUAUGGUCGCUGGGCACCUUCGAGCAGAGACACCGGAUACAAGCCCACAAGCGUAGCGUCAUGUGCUUGUUCCUUUCCGAUGAUGGAUCACUUCUCUUCUCCAGCGCGAGCGACCCCAUCGUCAACGUUUGGUGCCCACGGUCAAUGACGAGGCUCUACGAGAUAUACAGCACCUACGACUCCUUCGGCGACAUCUACUCGCUCGCCUACUCUUCUCAGUACGAGACGGUCUAUUACGGCGCACAAAACACCACCAUCCAGUGGAUUGGGCUGAAGGACGAGGGCCGGAGUGUGAGCCAGGACUCAGCAAGUCAUCCCGACCGACGAAACCACCGAUUCUUCGAUUCCCGGGCUCUCAGCGGUGCCGAAACUCCACGACCCACAGACGAGCGAUACGAUCUCAUUCCGCGCUCACACACCGUCCUCGAGACAGACAUAAGAUGCAACAAGCAGUAUGCGCACUUUGGCUUUGUUUUUUGUAUGUUAAUGGCCAAGGGCGUCACCGGGUCAGUCGACCCGGAAGAUGACGUGUUGAUAUCGGGAGGUGGAGACGGCACCAUCAAGCUCUGGAAACUCGGAGGCAAAGAGGUUGGACUUGACGGUAUCGAGAAUGGCUUGGAAGAGAUCAUGCGCCUCGGAGAAGACGAAGGCCAAUCUGUCAUGUCCUUGGCCAUUGACGGGUCCUUUCUAUACAGCGGCAAGAUCAAGGGCAUCAUCGAGCUGUGGGACCUCGACACCAAACAAAAGCUGAGGGUCAUCAAAGCACAUAGAGGCGAUGUCAUGGCUCUACAGAUGGGAUGGGGCUACCUCUGGAGCGCUGGUGCCACUGGUACUGCAAGUAAACACAGCACUGUACACUACGGCGAAUACCAGUCGAACACUUUACAGAAUGUCAGCCAGAAAUACCAGCUCCUUACUCAGUUCAAGGCACACGACGGCAAGAUUCUGGCAUCGGCUGUCACCAACCAUGACGGGAAACAGUUAUUCAUUACCGGAGCCAACGAUAACAACGUCGCUGUCUGGGUCGUGGAGAACCCGCCUGCCACCGAGCAAUCUCCGCUCGAGGCUGACGAAGACAUGAUGAUUUCGAGCCUACGAGAAUUUGUCUCCUUCAAGACCGUAUCCUCACGGCCUGAGUUUGCGGAGGACUGUCGCCGCGGGGCUACAUUCCUUCGAGCCCUGUUCCGGAAACUGGGAGCCGAUGUACAAAUGCUGAGCACGGGGAGCAACAACUAUCAUCCCGUUGUGUUUGCCAAGUUUACUGGAAAGCUUGAACCUGUUCGGAAGCGAAAGCGCAUCCUUUUCUACGGUCACUACGACGUUGUGUCUGCGGAUUCGAAGAACAACAAAUGGAACAGCGACCCCUUUCAACUCAAGGGCACCAACGGCUAUUUGUACGGUCGAGGUGUUAGCGAUAACAAAGGCCCCAUCAUGGCGGCCCUGUAUGCCGUUACAGACCUCAUGCAAGCCAAAUCCUUGGACUCUGACAUCAUCUUUCUGAUUGAGGGCGAGGAAGAGUCCGGCUCGCGCGGUUUUCGAGAAACUAUCCGCCAAAACAAGGAUCGUAUUGGCAACAUUGACUACAUUCUCUUGGCCAACAGCUACUGGCUCAAUGACGAUACGCCUUGCUUGACAUACGGUUUGCGUGGUGUUUUGCAUGCCACUGUGUGUGUCGAAUCCAAGAAUCCAGAUCUACAUUCAGGUGUCGACGGCAGUCACAUGUUGAACGAGCCAGUCGGCGAUUUAACUACCCUCAUGGCUAAACUCAAAGGCCCAAAGAAUCGAGUACUCAUCCCCGGCUUCUACGAUGGAGUGUUGCCACUCAAACCAGAAGAGGAGGCACGGUACGAUGAUAUUGUCUCCGUACUCGUCAAACAGAAUCCUGACAACAACUCUGCAAACACUCUCAAGUCUUCCCUGAUGGCCCGAUGGCGCGAGCCGAACCUGACCGUCCACGGCUAUAAGGUGUCGGGCCCAGAAGGCAGUCUGGUGAGCAGCCACGCAAGUUCACACAUCAGUUUCCGAUUGGUGCCUGGCCAGGAGGUCGAGCAAGUCAUCGAGUCCCUUACAGCCUAUCUGAAGGAGCAAUUCACAGAGCUCGAGAGCGAAAACAUACUACGUAUUGAUGUGGAUAACACGGCAGAGCCAUGGCUGGGCGAGCCCGACAAUUACAUCUUCCGUACUCUCGAAGAGGCGAUCAUGAAGGCAUGGGCACCACUUUUCGCGACUGAUACAACGACAACUUCAGAUGACGAUAACGCACACAGCAGCGAAGACCAAGGCACAGCUAGCGGAAGUCGAAACACCACCUUAUCUGCUGGUAAAUCUACAAAGCCUCGAAAGCCACUGUACAUCCGUGAGGGUGGAUCUAUCCCUGCCAUUCGUUUUCUGGAAAAGGAAUUCAGCGCUCCAGCAGCUCAUCUUCCCUGUGGACAAGCGAGCGACUCCGCUCAUUUGGCAAACGAGCGCCUUCGUGUCAUGAAUUUGUUCAAGAGCAGGGAGAUCUUUGGAUCGGUGUUCAAAAAGUUGUGA